CUGCACUAUGUCGGUAUGACAGAUUUCUUAACCAAAAAAGUGAUCAAUUUUAACGCUUAUAUCUCGGUUCGCAAGGCAGACUGCCGCGUUUUUCUGCCAGAUUCCUUUAUUUUGAAACCGCAUCGAUUGAGCUUAAUUUUAUCAAACUCGGAGGUGAAAACGCCUUUGAAUAUUGUAUCAUUUACAUCUAUUUCUAUCAUGGGUCUAUGUAAUGUCGAAUGUAUAGAAAGAAUUGCGCGAUAUCUUGAUAUUUCUUCAGGAAAACUUCAAGUAUCUGAUAAAAAUAUAAUACAGGCAGAUAUUCCAGAAUACAAAGAAAAUUUGCUAUCCAUUCAAGGUUUUAGCACUAUUGUGCAAGCGCUCGCAAGGAAAUCAAAAUAUUCUAAUAUACUAGGCAAUGAAAAAGAAACCCGAGCGCUAACGCAGCAAUGGUUAGAAUAUGUUAUAACCUGUGUCAAUUAUGUGGAUAUUCCUGCCAAUGCUAAAAGAGUAUUAAAUGAACUAAAUAUGAUAUUAAAAGAUGUGCCAUAUAUAACUGGAACAAGAAAAACUAUUGCAGACAUUGUACUGUAUUACGUUUUAUAUUCCAUAAUGAAAAAAUUGAGCCAUCCAGAGAAAGCUCGAUAUGUUCAUGUAUCGAGAUGGUUCGAUAAUAUCCAACAAGAAGAGAAGUUAAGACAGGAAUUGGAUUUAAUAUCUUUUAACUUAAUGCAUCUGUUUCUGUAACUAGUAAUGUGAUACAUACCUGUAUAAUUUUGUGGUAACAAUUUAAUACUUAUUCAUAAAGACAUAUGUAAUUAUGAUGGGUAAAAGAUCUAAACCAUGAUACGUAUAGUACAUAUAUCACUGACAACGU